AUGAGGCGAAGGAGACGGCCGGGGCCGGUGAGCAGCCGCCGACUGAUGCCGGAAGCCUCUCAGAAUAUGAGGGAAACGGAGAUGGAGGAGCGGCACACUACCCUCAGUGUUCCAAAAAACCUUCUCCUGCACGUUUUUUGGAACACUGAGGGUAGUGUUUCGAUUGUUUCGUGUUCGUCCUCCAACAAGAUACGUUUCAGCAUAAGAGGUAAAUUCCGUGAGAAUAGAACUUCCAAGAUAUCUUACUUCAUAUGCCUCUUUAUCAAUCAUCUUGUUGAGGACAUUCUUGAGAUACGCAAGAAAAAUAAAAAUAAGUAUUAACCUCGUGUGGUUAGUAUCAACUUACCUUGAGAUCUCAGUGCUUAUUGACACAAGUCCCUGGAGAAUUACAAGAAAAUUACUGCAUCAUGCAGAUGUAGUUGGUGUUCACGGAAAAGUGUUGAAGAUCACCACCGUGCUGUGAUAAUGGUGCAUCAUCGUAGUGUGGAAUCACACAAAAACCAUCUAAACUUUGCUUGGUUGGCUUUGACUUAGCAUGGAAUUGUAGUACUGACCGACCCAAGUGACUAGAGAACUUCAGACAGCACUAUAUAGCGAAGAAAGCUGGUGGCAAUAUGUCAUGAACCAACAUCCUGGAUGAUAUCCGUGGAAACAAAUCGAUCCAGCUUGAAGCAGCAUUUCUAUAUCAAGGGGAUCUAAUUUUUGCCGAUAAAAUAAAAUCAGUCCCAGAACUUACUCCUAAUAAAAUCACUUCAAAAUUAAUUUAUCUUGCUUCCUAAUUAAUUCGAUUGCUUUAUGCUUUUUAGCUAUCAAAGAGAGAAUCACUCAUCAAGGGUAGUGGGGCAAACGGCUUAACUGCAUUACAGACGAAUGCUAGGUGUGUGAUUCAUACUAUUGAAGAUAAAGCAAAUGCAUUGCUUUGCCUUUCAAUUUAUACCCUGUUAUUACGUUUUUCUUUUUAACAUUUCUGCCGACUAUAUAAUGGUACAUAUGACAGUGAAAAGUUCAACGCUCAUGCUUGUCUAUUUUUUCUACCAUGCCACCAAAUUGAUCUCCAUUCAUUGUCAUUGUACUGGAGACAUAAUCACUAAUUGAGAACCCUUUCUAAGCUCUCUGACAUGUUUGGUUUCAUUGUGAACCUAUCUCCAGUAACUUUUAAUUUGUUCCAAGUUUUCAAGCUAUCUUAUAUUUUUCAGGUUCGUCAUUGAGUAGGAAUUUUGAACUCAUAAAAAAAUAGAAUCUCUGGUGUCAAAAUGAAUGAACCUUCCACCGAUUAUGAAGAUUGAGAACCCUUUUCUAAGCUCGCUGACAUGUUUGGUUUGAUUGUGAACCUAUCUCCAGUAACUUUUAAUUUGUUCCAAGUUUUCAAGCCAUCUUAUCUUUUUCAGUUUCGUCAUUAAGUAUGAAUUUUGAACUCAUAAAAAAAUAGAGAUUAUGAAAAAAUAAAAUCUCUGGUGUCAAAAUGAAUGAACCUUCCGCCGAUUAUGACGAUUUGGCGGUUGUUUUUUUUUUUCAAAUGAAUGUGUCUUAUAGUUCAUCUUGUCAGUCAUCGAACAUAACAGCGUGGCUUUUUCUCAACUGAAGUAUUAAGUCAUUUUGCAUCAGCAUCAAUGAAUGUUAUCUGACGCAUUGUUUGCUCCAGAAUAAGUUCUAGGCACUUGUGCUGUGAAUGCCUGUGCUUAUGAUUAAUAUUCAAUAGACAUUCUCAAUUGAUUUUACUUCUCUCGCAUGGUGCAACUAAAAGCGCUGAACCAGUUUUCGUUUUGUGACAGGAUUACAAAGCACCUAGAGCCCAUCCGCAAAAUAUGGCCAUUUGUACGGUGGAUCUCUGUACUUUGCCUAUCUGCUGGUGGGCAAGACUUGACACAUGACACACCCUGCUAUACUGGUCUGCCAAAUGCCUUUGCAUUUUUGGUUUCACUGCGAUUCCUCGAGUCUUUUUAUCUUAUUUUAGCUGUUUCUUGUUCCCCAAUUGGCCGUGUUUUGCAGGCUUUGCAUAGUCUUCUUGGCAUUUGAUAUAUUCUAUUUAGUUUUCUUUGUCGCUCUGGCCUGCCUCUUCGGCAUUGCUGUCAGCUGUUAUUCGCCAAGUACCGUCGCAAGUUCAUACGCUAUGCCAGAUCAGGUAAUACCACUUGCUUUCUUUAUUGUCUUGCCAUUACUUUCCAUAUUUAUUUCUAGACUACGCUGUCCUACGAUCGAGAAUACUCUCAGAUGAAUAGACACAAAAAAUAGAGAGAGAGAACGGAAAAAAUUAAAUAUACAUAUAUAUAUAUAUAUAUAUAUUAUGUCUUCAUUGGUGCGAAUUAUCCUGAGAAUCUGGCGGCCGUCUUCAGCUAGGGAGAGAAACCAGGCAGCCAUUAAUGGUUCCAGAAACCUUGGAAAGGUUUAUGGGGUCAACGGGGGAAGUCAACAGAGAACAUUGUGGACCCAGAAAGAAAAAUAAUUCGCAGGAAUAAAGUCGUUGUGAUUACAUUAUCUAUAUAUAGUCACCAUGAUUGUUCUGUCUCAUUCGAACAGGGCGGGGCGACAGAUGAAGCCAUCCGGCUGCUCCCGAGGUACAAAUUCAGAGCUCCACGCGGCGCCAGGGAGGGCCCACUCGGCGGAGUGAUGACGGAAUCUGGCGGCGGCGGAGCCCCCACCGCAGAACAUCAUCUCUCUCCGGAUCAUGCUGUAAGAAGGAAGAAAUUGCGAUCAUUGCUCUCUCCUCCAUCGUUUAAAAUCUCGCGCAUUCAUUCUUGGAAUGGAUUCUGGUGGCUCCCCGCUGGCAGGUGUGCUGCGUCUGCCGGUCCGCCUAUGAGUACGGCGCCGUGAUCCGUCGCCUCCCCUGCGGCCACCGCUUCCACGGCGCCUGCAUAGACGAGUGGCUCCAGAUGAAGGCCGCCUGCCCUCACCGCCGGAACGAGCUCGCCAGGGGAAGCGCCGGCGCCACCACCUUGUGCCGUGGUCCGUAG